CUUCUUUUGAUUUUUUAUUUCUCUUCCCCCUCUUGCCUUUUGCCUUUCACUGAAGCGCAUUAUGAACCCGUCGAAGUCAAUUUAGAAUAGUUCGCGAAGGCCUAAGAUCUUUACUAAUAUUUUGCAGUUGUACUUCGGUUUGGCCAUUUAGACUUUCCUUUUCCGCUUCAAUCAAACCCUAGGUAGGAGAUCGAAGGCGUGAUGUUGGGUGUUUUAAGGCGUAAAGCCGCUUCCGGUGCCUCAUCUGCUUCCGUGUACGGAAAAUCGCUGUAUAAGCUCAAGCCUGCAGUGCCUACACCACGACCAUGCUCUGCCGCGGCAGAAGAGAUCAUACAUUACACCAGGGGAUUUGGUGGUGCUCGUACUUUCUGCCACCUUCCUUUGGCUGGACACAUGACGACCUUGAUGCCAAAGAGGGAAGUUUUAGGCAUUCUUCAGCAAGAUGUCAACAUGCAAAUUUGGAGCAGGUCAUUCAGUUCUAGCACUGCAGAAGGUGAUAUUGUUGAAGCUGUUGUUCCUUUUAUGGGCGAAUCCAUUAGUGAUGGAACAUUAGCCACAUUCUUGAAAAAACCUGGGGAUCGAGUAGAAGUUGAUGAGCCAAUUGCUCAGGUUGAAACAGACAAGGUAACCAUUGAUGUCAAUAGUCCUGAAGCAGGAGUGAUCCAAAAGUUAAUAGCUAAGGAAGGAGAUACUGUGGAACCUGGCACCAAGGUCGCUAUCAUAUCAAGAUCUGGUGAAGGUGCAACUCAUGUUGCACCUUCUGAUGACAAAGCAUCCGAGAGAGCUCCUCCAGAAACUACUCCUACCGUAGGAAAGCCGAAAGGAAGUCCUGCCCCUCCUCCCAAACCCUCAGCUACAGAACCCCAGCUGCCUCCCAAAGACAGGGAAAGACGAGUGCCUAUGACAAGGCUUAGGAAGAGAGUUGCCACGCGUUUGAAGGAUUCUCAAAACACAUUUGCAUUACUGACAACAUUUAAUGAAGUUGAUAUGACUAAUUUGAUGAAACUUCGCUCUGAUUACAAGGAUGCAUUUUUUGAAAAACAUGGAGUGAAGCUGGGACUAAUGUCCGGAUUUGUGAAAGCAGCUAUCAGUGCUUUGCAGAGGCAGCCAAUAGUGAAUGCUGUUAUUGAUGGCGAUGACAUAAUUUACAGAGACUACGUCGAUAUUAGCAUAGCUGUUGGUACCCCCAAGGGUCUUGUUGUCCCAGUUCUCCGCAAUGCUGAACGUAUGAAUUUUGCUGAGGUUGAAAAGGAAAUUAACACCCUUGCUAAGAAGGCCAAUGAUGGUACUAUAUCAAUUGAUGAGAUGGCUGGGGGAACGUUUACCAUAUCCAAUGGUGGUGUAUAUGGAAGUCUUCUAAGUACUCCGAUCAUUAAUCCUCCUCAGUCUGCAAUCUUGGGUAUGCACUCAAUAGUAAACCGCCCUAUGGUUGUUGGAGGUGCAAUAGUUCCACGACCAAUGAUGUACAUUGCACUGACAUAUGACCAUAGGCUGAUAGACGGAAGAGAGGCAGUAUUCUUUUUGGGAAGAAUCAAAGAUGUGGUGGAAGAUCCUCGAAGAUUGCUGUUGGAUGUAUGAAACUGCUGCAACUGGUGGUACUUACAUUGGCAUUGCUAAUAUAUCUGAAUUGGUGGUCAGAACAGUUCUGUAGUAUUUAUUUUUUGGCUUCACUUUGGACUGAAGUAGUCUUUUCUCGCGGCAUGCAGUGUCCAAAUUUGAAAUGAGAUCACAGCACAAACACACAUAUUUCUCCUUUUCAUCUUACAAACCAGUCCCAUGUAUUUUCACAUUGCAACAGCACUUGGUGUCACUAAAAGUGCAUGGAUGAUUUUUGAAAUAAAGGUUUAAAUAAUGUGGUUGCUAGUAUCA